GACGCACGCGCACACAUACAUGCACGCACAGACACACACACGAACACAGACACGCACAUACAUGCACGCACACACAGCCACACGCGCACACUCUAAACUAAACUUAAACACAUUACAUCUUUAAAUCCUGUGUCACGAUUUAAGUUGAUUUCGAGGUUGACGUUAAUAAAUAAUAGAAUCAGAUUGAAUAUUUAAUCACGUUGUAUUUAAACACAUAGUGAAUGGUUAAUGAUGUAGAAACGACAGAUUAUCAGCCUGUGUUUACGCACAGGGCGCUCGUGCCCUCUCACGGGUACUAGGCAACGGCUUCACGCGCUACCCUGAGGCGCUUUGUCAGUUAGCAUUAGCUUUAACUCCACAAAUGCACUUUAGUGUCGGAAUAAGCAGUUAUUUUUGAGGAAAUACACUAGGUUUAAUAAACAAAAUGUCUGUGUCGGUUGAGCAAGCAGCUGAGACUGUUUUAAGCUCCCAAACAGCAGGAAAUUCCCCUGAGUCUUGGGACCAAGACGACAGAAAGACAACAUUAGAUACUAAAAGUCCUCAGGUGAAGGAGAGAGAGGAGCUAAACAACAUGGAGGACGGUAAACUGACUGAAGAUGAAGUGUCUAAACAUCUCUCUACUUUGGGCCGCUCAGCUACAGGACUACAGCACGUCUACCUGUCCCUCUGUAUAUCUAGAAAAGGCUUGAAAAACGUGUCCAUUUUAUCCAGUUAUAUCCACCUUGAAAAACUUGAACUCCCCAACAACAAAAUAAAAGAUUUAUCCUGUGUGAGUCACAUGCCAUACCUUAUCAUACUCGAUGCUUCUCACAACCAAAUAUCCGACUUUUUUGGAUUCCAACCACCGAAAAAUCUCAAGGAAGCGGAUUUCUCUCACAACCGCAUAUCUUCGAUGAAGGAUUUGUCAGCCUACAGCUCUCUUCGCAAGCUAAUUCUAGAUUAUAACUCCAUCGGUGAAAUCCGGGGGCUGGAGAAGUGCAGCAGUCUGACUCACCUCAGUAUGGAGCACAACAAGAUCUUGCGUAUCGGCGGACUCAGAAAUCUGCCUCUCAGACAACUCUGCCUGAAAGGGAAUCUGAUCAAGAGAAUUGAGAAUUUACAAACACUCCGUAGUCUGCAGAUCCUGGACUUGUCCUCUAACAGAAUUCAAAGCCUGUCUGGUCUUCAAGACCUUCAUCUCCUGGGAAACAUCAAUCUUGAAAGCAAUAUGAUUGGUGAGAUCAAAGAGUGCACGCAUCUGCAAUACCUUCUGCUACUGAGAGAACUGAAUCUCAAGAGAAACCCAAUUCAAGAACAACCUGACUACAGACUGGCUGUGAUCUUCAUUCUCAAUCAUCUCACUCUUCUGGAUGAGCGACCUGUGAGUGUCGAGGAAAAGGUUUCUGCUGUGAACAAGUACGAUCCAUCUCUAGAGUCGGUGGCAGCCAGAGAUCACAUGACCCAUGUGAUGUACCAGUACAUGCAGCCGCAAGGCAUCUUCGACAGCACCCUGCCUAGUCUGGACACUCCAUACCCCAUGCUGGUCCUGACAGGGCCACAGGCGUGUGGAAAGCGAGAGCUGGCCCAUAAGCUUUGUCAUGAAUAUAGUGACUAUUUUGGUUAUGGAGCUUGCCACACCACCAGGGGGCCCUAUUUUGGGGAGGAAGAUGGCUGUGACUACCACUUCGUCCAGAAUGAAGAAUUUCAAAACUUGAUUCGUAUGGGUUACUUUGUGCAGACGAUGCAGUACGGAGGGAAUUGGUACGGGUUGUCUCGAGAGGCCAUCGAGAGCGUGGCCAGAGAGGGGCUAGCCUGCUGUGUUCAUAUGGAGCUGGAGGGUGUGUUUAGUCUGAAAACCUCGUACUUCGAGCCCAGAUACGUUUUGCUGCUCCCAACAAAAACCGACGACUACAUUUUACACAUGAAGGCCAGAGGCUUCUACACUAACGCCCAGAUAGAGAAAGCCGUGUCACGGAUCGACCUCUACGCCAAAAUCAACAGAGAACGGCCUGGCUUCUUCGACAGCGUGAUCCUCAGUGAUGAUCGCAAACAGGCUUACAGCGCACUGAAGCAGCUUAUAAAGGAGUACCUGGGUCUGGAGGACCAGGAGAAAGAAGGUGGACUGGGCAUUAAAGAUGAGCGUGGCGAAUCUACAGCGGCAAAGAUGAUAGAAGCCGACCCCACGGACGCCUACAGCCAGACUCACUACAGCAAAGUCCGAGCCAGGCUGCUGCCUCAGAAAACCUCAGCAGAACUGGCAUCUUUCCAUAGGAGACAGCAGAUGGUUCGAGAAGCCCUGGUGGGUAAGAUUCCCAGGGCUUACACACGGCUCUUUAAAAGAAAUGUUCAUGCAGCUCCAUCCUUACUGACCCCUCAUUCUCAGUCCGGUGACUGUAACGAGGACAGCAGCUCAGGGGAAUCCUGCACCAGUUCUGGCUUGUCCAGCUCAGCAGGGGUGCUGUCUGUGGGAAGCCCAGCUGAUGGCUUGGAUGCAGCGACAGCACCAAAGGUGGAGCCUCUGGAUGUCUCCAUGUUGGGGCAAAACCUGGAAACAAUUAAAGAUCACAUGGAGUCCGGUCUGAGCCCAGAUUCAUCACGCUCAGCUCCUGAGCCAGCGUCUCCAGGACGUCCGGGUUCCAACGCCAAACCCAUUCUUCCCCCCAUCCCACAGGGACGCAAGGCCACAGAAUCCGAAUCCAUGCAACAGCUGACAGGGCAGGCAGGACGGGUAGACGAGGGAUAACUGUAAGAGAGAGGAAAGGGGAGUAGGAAUGGUUUUAUGAAAGAGUCAAUUCUAAUAUUCAAUUCUGUAUAUUCUAAUAGAGGACAUUUAGUUCAGUGCAUUGUUAAACUCCUUCGGUCCUUCAUAGGUAGAACAUCAUGAAAGUAGUGAUGGAAAACCUCAAAGCAGCAUCUUCUCCUGUCUAGUGAGAUAAGGCAAGCAAAAUCUCUUGGCAUUUUUAAAUCUCAACUUAAAACUAAUUUUUUAGGGUAGCUUUUAACUGACUGAUUGUAAUUUUAUAUUGUGUUUAUUUUAUAGUCUAUUCUUGUUGCUUUAAUUUUAAUCUUUAUAUUAUGUGUAUUAUGUUUUGUUGUUUUAUUUGUUUUUGUAAAGCGCUUUGAGAUGUACUUUUAAAGGCGCUAUCGAAAG